AUGCUCUCCCCGCUCCUCAUCUUCGUCGCCGUCCUCCUCCUCGCCGUCCACUCCCUCCGGCAACUUCUCAGUUCGCCACUCAACAAGAUCCCGGGGCCAUGGCAUGCCAAAUUCACUACCCUAGUUCUGAAAUGGCACGAGUUCAGGACAAAUAGGACUCGCUACGUCCAUCACUUACACCUGAAGUAUGGGCGCGCAGUCAGGAUCGCCCCGAACGAGGUCAUCUUCGCCUCGGCCGCGGCCGUCAAGGAAAUCUACUGCUCUGGAGGUAGCGGCUACGAUAAGACCGAAUUUUAUGAUAUGUUCAAAGUUUAUGGGAAAAGGACCAUGUUUACUACCCUGAAUAAGGACGACCACGCAAAGAGGAAACGUAUUCUCGCGGACCGCUAUGCCAACACCAACGUUGUCCGGCCGCAGUCUCUUGACGGAAUUGCUGAUCGCGCCGGCAACUUCGUCAAAACGUGUUUCCAGUCCGUUGGCGGAAGCCUUGAUCUUUAUGUGCGUCUUCACUCCUACGCUUUUGACUGCGUCACUCACCACCUCUUCCACCCCAACGGGACAGACUCGUUGCUGAACAGCAAGGAUGAGGAGAUCAUGCGCGAAGUAACCUUCGACGAUAGCCUUCAGAACCGGUUGUUCCAAUACUACUGGCCAACAGCGCACAAAUUAAUGGGAAAAGUCCUGUACCUCUUUGCAAAACCGCGCGAGACACCACUGGCCGACGACUUCGUUCUUGACACAUGUGCCCUCACAGACACGGCGCCAUUCACGCUCCUCAACCGCCUCCAGGGGCCCAAUUACAAUCUCGACGCCCUGGACGUAGCAGCCGAGUGCCUCGACCACAUGGCCGCCGGCAUCGACACCACCGGGGAUGCCUUAUGCUUCCUCAUGUGGGAGCUCUCACAACCCAGAUCCAUCCACUACCAAAGAGAGCUGCAGCGAGAACUCCUCACCAACGCGGGGGCGAGCUUCGACAAACUACCCUACCUCGACGCGGUGGUCAUGGAAGGCCUACGCUGUUUCCCACCCAUCCCCAUGUCCCUCCCGCGCUAUGUGCCCGCCGGCGGACGCACCAUCGACGGCUUCUUCCUGCCCCCGGGCACCACAGUCAGCUGUCAAGCCCUCUCGGUGCACAAGAUGGACGGGACGGUAUUCCCGGAGCCAGACGCAUUCCGGCCCGAGAGAUGGCUGGAGCCCAAGGGCGACGCCGAACGGAAGCGGCUUUUCUUCGCCUUCGCCAAUGGCGGCAGGGGCUGUGUUGGCAAGCACCUGGCGCUGGCCGAGAUGAAGCUGCUGCUCCGGGCCGUCUACUCCAGGUUCACCACGCUCCCGGACGCGAGCAUGACGGCCGCGGACAUGGACAUGUCAGAUCAGCUGAUCUCGUCGCGCCCGGCGGGGCAGAGGUGCCUGCUGAGGUUUGAUCCGUUGGAGGCUGUGGGUGGGGACUAG